GGCUGAAAGGACGUGAAAAAAGGAAGGGAGGGAAGGAGGAAGGGCAGGAAAGAAGAGAAAGAAAAGAGAAUUGAUAUCUGUACUACAAACUAAGGAUGAUUGCCACCCUCAUGCUACAACAAACACUGAAGGACUUUUCACAGUAUGAAAUUCAGGCAAGACCAGGUUGAGAGCUCUCAUUUGGAAGACAGUGAAUCAGCAGCAUUACUUUGCUGUGAAUGUGAAGAAUCAGAAAUCUUUAGUGAUUCCAAUGAGGCAGACAGUGGGGAGGAGGAAUGUCGGUCACAGCCCAGGAGCAUCAGCGAGAGCUUUCUAACUGUCAAAGGUGCUGCCCUUUUUCUACCACGGGGAAAUGGCUCAUCCACACCAAGAAUCAGCCACAGACGCAACAAGCAUGCAGGUGAUCUCCAACAGCAUCUCCAAGCAAUGUUCAUAUUACUCCGCCCAGAAGAUAACAUCAGGCUGGCUGUAAGACUAGAAAGUACUUACCAGAAUCGAACACGCUAUAUGGUAGUGGUUUCAACCAAUGGCAGACAAGACACUGAAGAAAGCAUCGUUCUAGGAAUGGAUUUCUCCUCUAAUGACAGUAGCACUUGUACCAUGGGCUUAGUCCUGCCUCUCUGGAGUGACACCCUAAUUCAUUUGGAUGGUGAUGGUGGGUUCAGCGUAUCAACAGAUAACAGAGUUCACAUAUUCAAACCUGUAUCUGUGCAGGCAAUGUGGUCUGCACUACAGAGUUUACACAAGGCUUGUGAAGUGGCCAGAAUGCAUAACUACUACCCAGGCAGCCUGUUUCUCACUUGGGUGAGCUAUUAUGAGAGCCAUAUCAACUCAGAUCAAUCGUCAGUCAAUGAAUGGAAUGCCAUGCAGGAUGUACAGUCACACCGGCCUGACUCUCCAGCUCUCUUCACUGACAUACCAACUGAACGUGAACGAACAGAAAGACUAAUUAAAACCAAAUUAAGGGAGAUUAUGAUGCAGAAGGAUUUAGAAAAUAUCACAUCCAAAGAGAUACGAACUGAGUUGGAAAUGCAAAUGGUGUGCAACCUGAGAGAAUUCAAAGAAUUUAUAGAUAAUGAAAUGAUAGUGAUCCUUGGUCAAAUGGACAGCCCUACACAGAUAUUUGAGCACGUGUUCUUGGGCUCUGAAUGGAAUGCUUCUAACUUAGAGGAUUUACAGAACAGAGGGGUGCGGUAUAUUUUGAAUGUCACUCGAGAGAUAGAUAACUUCUUCCCAGGAGUCUUUGAGUAUCAUAACAUUCGGGUAUAUGAUGAAGAGGCAACGGAUCUCCUGGCUUACUGGAAUGACACUUACAAAUUCAUCUCUAAAGCAAAGAAACACGGAUCUAAAUGCCUUGUGCACUGCAAAAUGGGGGUGAGUCGCUCAGCCUCCACUGUGAUUGCAUAUGCAAUGAAGGAAUAUGGCUGGAAUCUGGACCGAGCCUAUGACUAUGUGAAGGAAAGACGAACAGUGACUAAGCCCAACCCCAGCUUCAUGAGACAACUGGAAGAGUACCAGGGAAUCUUGCUGGCAAGCAAGCAACGGCAUAACAAGCUCUGGAGAUCUCAUUCAGAUAGCGACCUCUCAGACCACCAUGAACCCAUCUGCAAACCAGGGCUAGAACUCAACAAGAAGGAAAUCACCACCUCAGCAGACCAGAUUGCCGAGGUAAAGACCAUGGAAGGUCACCCACCCAUACCUCCUGUCUUUGUGGAACAUGUCGUCCCACAAGAUGAAAAUCAGAAAGUCCUGUGUACCAAAGAAAGAAUGAUCUGCUUGGAGUUUACUUCUAGGGAAUUUCAUGCCGGACAGAUUGAAGAUGAAUUAAACCUAAAUGACAUCAAUGGAUGCACAUCAGGGUGUUGUCUCAAUGAAUCAGAAUUCCCUCCUGACAACUGCCAUGCCUCCAAAGCCUUAAUCCAACCGGGACAGGCCCCAGAAAUGCCCAACAAGUUCCCAGACUUAACAGUCGAAGAUUUGGAGACAGACGCUCUGAAAGCAGACAUGAACGUCCACUUACUGCCUAUGGAAGAAUUGACAUCUCGCCUGAAAGACCUCCCCAUGUCCCCUGAUCCUGAGUCACCAAGCCCCCAACCCAGUUAUCAGGUUGAAGUCUCAGAUUUCAGUACAGAUCGCAUUAAUUUUUUUAGUGCCCUAGAGAAGUUUGUAGAGCUUUCUCAAGAAACCCGGUCACGAUCUUUUUCCCACUCAAGGAUGGAGGAACUGGGUGGAGGAAGGAGUGAGAGCUGUCGACUGUCAGUGGUAGAAGUAGUGCCUUCUGAAGUCACAGCUGACGACCAGAGAAGCAGCUCUUUGAGUAACACUCCCCAUGCAUCCGAAGAAUCUUCAAUAGAUGAGGAACAGUCAAAGGCAAUCUCAGAACUGGUCAGCCCAGACAUCUUCACACAAUCUCACUCAGAAAAUGCUAUUUCAGUCAAAGAAAUUGUCACUGAGAUUGAAUCUAUCAGUCAAGGAAUUGGACAGAUUCAACUAAAAGGAGACAUUUUAUCCAACCCAUGCCAUACGCCAAAGAAGAACACCACCCACGAGAUGCCCCUUGAGAGGACCCAGGCCCCAGAGAACAAACCAGGAAAUCUGGAGCCAAAUGAGGGUUCUUGCCCAGCCCGGCCUGAACUAGCCAAAGACUCAGGGAGGUGGGACCCAGAAGGCUGCCUAACUCUACACUCAUCCACCACAGACUUGGAAGAAGAGGAACCAGCUGAGGGGGAACAAGAGCUCUGGGGCCCAGGCAUGCACCCAGGUGCCAAGUGGUACCCUGGUUCCGUGAGACGAGCCACCUUGGAGUUUGAGGAGCGUUUGCGGCAGGAGCAGGAGUACCACAGUGCUACCCCUACUUGUACAUCAUUGUCCACUCGUAAGAAUUCCAAGAACGAUUCCUCUAUGGCAGACCUAGUACCGAAAGGGAAGAGUGAUGAAGCCACCCCAGAACAUUCAUCUGUCCCCAGGGAACCAGAGAUGAACAAGGGCAAAAGGAAAUGCAGUGGGUUUGAGGCUGGCUCACUAGCACAUUGUGAGCAAGAUGUCCUUGUUUCAGCACCCAAGCUGCUGGAUUUUCACUCCUUGCCAGCUCCUCAGGAGUGCCCUGAGUCAGAGACUAGGACCAAGCAGCAAGGAGUCCUGAAGGAGCAGGAGACUGUGGUUUCAUGCCAGGGAUCUGAGACACAGAUGGUCCCUCUCCCCAAGGAGAUAGAAAUCAUUGAGUAUACCCAAACAGUUACAUCACCCAGUCACACUUGGCCAGGGGCUGAAAUAGCCACCAGUGUAAAGAGUGGGGAGCAAGGACUGAGGAAAGUGAAAGUGGAGAAGUCCAUCACUGUCCUCUGUGCACUGGAUGAAAAUCUGAACAGGACGCUGUGCCCCAGCCAGGUUUCUCUGUACCCCAAAGUGCUACCUCUGCCUCAUUCUUCCUCUCCUGAGCACAAAAGGCGCACCGACCCGACCUCCACACUGAGCAGCCCUGGAGACUGGGGCCACAGCCCGGCAACAGCCCUGGACACAGCAGCGCCUUUUGUCAGUCACACAACCCAUGUACCGUCUGCCAACUUGGAUUACCUGCAUCCCCAGACCGUGGUUCACCUGGAAGGCUUCACAGAGCAAAGCAGCACCACAGACUUUGAGCCCUGUGCGGAGCAGGGUAGCUGGGAAGAAAGUCAGGAGGGCCCCCUGUCCGGUGGCAAUGAAGUGCCAUAUAAGGGCUCCCAGUUAAGUAGUGAAGACCUGAGUUUAAUUAGCAAACUUAGUGACAACAUUGGGAAGUUCCAAGAAAAACUGGACCCAUCUCCUGUAGCCUGUAGACUCUCACAUAGCUCUAGCAGUGACAACAUAAAGGGUCUCAGCCACAGCCCCAGUGUGGUGAAGGAGCGCACUAAAGAAACUGAGUCCCGAGCUAUUUGCCAGGUAGGGCGCACCAAGCCAUCCCAAAUGAGGCGCUCAGCUUCCCUCGCCAAGUUAGGUUACUUGGACCUGUGUAAAGACUGUUUACUGGAGAGAGAUCCUGUCUCCUCUGAGUCCCCUCAUCUCAAAUUGCUUCAGCCCUUCAUCAGAACAGAUUCAGGCAUGCAUGCCAUGGAGGCCCAGGAGCCCCCAGAAAACCCAGAUGCCCCCCAGAACCCAGAGCCCACCAAGUAUUUUAUAGAGCAACUUAAAACAACAGAGUGUAUCGCACAGAGCAAGCCAGUGGAGAGGCCCCUUGUACAGUAUGCCAAAGAAUUUGGUUACAGUCAGCAGUGUUUGCUCCCCAAGGCAGGACCUGAAUUGACUAGUUCUGAAGGAGGCCUUCCUUUGCUGCAGACCCAGGGGCUGCCGUGUGCAGGCCCAGCUCCAGGGCUGGCCGUGGCUCCCCGUCAGCAGCACGGCAGAACUCACCCCCUUAGGAGACUGAAAAAGGCAAAUGAUAAAAAACGGACAACCAACCCCUUCUAUAAUACCAUGUGAUUCUGAGCCUACACAUGUGACUUUCUGAAAGAAAUGUUUGUAAAAGGGGCAGGUGUAAUAUGUAAGGAACAUGCACUUUAUUGGUUAAUUUUAUAAUAUUUUGGUCAUUUUACUGUUCCUGGCGCAUGCAGGGUUUAGGGUGUUUUCCUCUGUGUAUGUGUGAAAGAGAGAUUGAUUUGGAUGGCAAGACCAUUUUAUCAUUUUUUAUUUUUAGAAAAUUCAAACCUCAAAAUUUACUCAUUUUCAAAGGACACCUUUAUCAAAGGCACAUUGCUGUUUUUCAAUUAACUGCCACCUGCUCCUCAUUUUGACCUCUGAGGAAAGGCAUGCUUGCUUGACUGAGGAAGGAAGCAGAUGGGGAGGGUGGGGGUGAAGCCAGAAAUUGAAAAUGUUCCCCCUGGGCCAGCGUGACGAUGGUUUGCUUUCCAGACCUGAUGCAUUGGACGGGCUGAAGGGCAGCCGGACAUCAGCGUGUUCUCGGCCUCGGCCUCCAGCCCUAGCCCUUUGGAGUUCCUGACGUGGCAGGUUCUGCUGUUUUCAAAGGGGGUCUUCCAGAAUCCAUUUCUUCUGGUAUUCCAGAGUGGAUCAUUACAAAAAGGCAUAAUAGCUGGCUUUCUAAACCAGUAAAGCAAUUAGUUAUUUUUAUUAAAAGGCAACACCAAAUGAAAUCCAAAAGGUCCUCUGUAGAGGAAAGCAUAAGAAGGAGGUGAAAUGCCUGGGCAGGGCGGGACGGGGAGGCUGCUGCCCACUGUCUUGAGGGUGAAGGGCUCCACACAGGUGUCCUGACCCUGUCUGCCAGGAAAGUGGUCUGUACCAUCCUCCCAGCUGAGACACAAUAGGGACAAGUUUGAAAAACAGCAAUUGAAAGUCAGUGUGUUCUUAUAAAAUGAAUACAUAUGUAGGGUUUUAACCUUUCCAUUACUUGAAUAAUUCUGUGGGCCUCUUGAGUUUAAUGGCCAUAGUUUUUCCAAUUUAUCUUCCUCCCCCAUGCCGUUUCUCCCCAUGCUGCCUUUUUUUUUUUUUUUUAAUUUCAUAGAUGGUAUUUGAAUUGUUACAUUACAUUUGUAUAACCUCCAUUGAAUGCAAAGUUUUCUUUUUGAUAUUAUCACUGUUAACACUUGACAUAAGUUUUUUUUCCCUUUCUUUUUCUGGAAGAUUUAUCAUUUCUAGUUUUUACACAGUGUUUAUGUACAUAAUGUCACUUUCGUACAGUAUUUUGUUGUUGAUGUCAUAGGGUCUUUUUGAUUUAUUCUUUUUAAGAAGGAGUAAAACUGAAACUGGAAAACACAGAAAUAAACCUGAUGAGUGUUGGUAGGAAUCUGCAGAGUAUAUUGACAGUUGUUUUAAUUGUUUAAAUGGAGACUUCUAAUUGCCAGCUCCUGCCAAAUUAUGCAUUAGUAACCCUCCUCAGAGAAACCCCUAAAGGUUCCCAUUAGAUCACAGUUUAACUGAAGGGUGAAUCCUCUUCCAAACUGAAAUCCCAGAAAGUUGUUUGUGGUCACUGAACCACAGCCAGGGAGAGUAUGGGAGUAUUAACUGCUUCCCGGGGUGGAAGCUCUUAAUGGAUUGCACCGGUGGUUCUCAACCUUCCUAAUGCCACAACCCUUUAAUCCAGUUCCUCAUGUUGUAUGUGGACGUAUCUGCAUGUGGGCAGACCCGCCUAGAGACGGAUA